UUUACCACGAUUGUCUUAGGGUACAGUUAGAGACUGGGGUAUAUACCAGAAAGGAUUGUGGUAUUUACGCUGGGCGGUAUGGUAUCGCAUUAACCACAGUCCCUUGCGGUCGGAGGAGCCGUUGUGGUCGGGUAGGUGCCAAUGUAAUACAGAAGUCAAACAAAUGCAUUGCAUGCCUAUCUACACAAGUUAGAACGCGUCAUUCAAGGCAUCAAACACCGAAGAAUGGAGAACUGGAGGUGUUAGUUCUGCAGUAUUUGGCCAUUGUUUGCGUUAGUACCCGAAGAUACAAUAGUAAAUUGUUCAUUAACCAAUGUUUUUAAGACUUCAGAUGCCUUUCAUAAUGAUAAAGCAGGAAUAUAUUAGAGACAUCUCAUCAUGUUACCUUUGAAAUAUAAUAACCAUGAUAGUGCUGGAAGACGCUGGUCAAAUAUCAGACUUAAUUUUAAAAUACAACGGUUAUGAUAACAAUAGCGGGGGCUGGUCAAAUGCUGUUCUUUCACAUUGAUGACACAAUGCUGAUGCAUCAAGGCCGUGUCCGCGGAUCAACUAGCAAUGGUUUUUUCACAGUGUAGUUUUUGUGUACUGUUGGUCAAUUGGCAUGAGGUUAAGCUGCUUAUGGUCUGCACACAAAAGCCAUGUCUCAGAGCAAUUAGAGCAGCACAUUCCCUUCACAUCUGGCUGUCAGCAUGUGCCAGCAACAUAACAGCAACAGCCAUAUCAUAACCUAACAUCAAUAGCAUACCAUAACAGUCUUUGUGUUUUCCAUUAUCUAGCAGUGAGUCAGGAACCUUUGGUGAUUUGGCGUGACCUGAGCAGCAAUGGCGGCGGAGAAGGGAGUGCCAACAGUGCAGCUCUCGCGGCAGGACUGCAGGCAGGGUGCUGUGCGGGCAGCGCGGCUCAGCUUCGACGGCUGCUUCAGCAUCACUGGCGGCUCUGACAAGACACUUAAGCUGUGGAACCCGUUCCGUGGCGCGCACCUCAAGACGUAUGUGGGCCAUGGCCACGAGGUGCUCGACUGCCAGGGAUCGUGCGACAACGGCCGGCUGUUGUCAUGCGGCGCCGACCGCACCGUCAUCGUGUGGGAGGUUAGCUCGGGCCGCGUGCUCAACAAGUGGCGCGCGCACGCCGCCGCCGUCACCUGCUGCGGCUUCAACGAGGACUCGUCGCUGGCGCUGUCGGGCUCGGUAGAUGGCGCGGUGAAGGCGUGGGACUGCCGCAGCCGGCGCCUGGAGCCGGUCCAGACGCUAGACGAUGCCACCGAUAGCGUCACCGCGCUCCAGGUCACCGACUCGGAGCUACUGACCGGUUCGGCCGACGGCCGCGUGCGGCGCUACGACCUCCGCAAUGGCCAGCUGGUCACCGACGCUGUCGGCGAGGCCGUCUCCUGCCUGACGCUCAGCCGCGACGGCCAGUGCCUACUGGUUGGCUGCAUGGACGCCACGGUCAAGCUGCUCGACCGCGAGUCCGGCGAGCUGCUGAACGAGUUCUCCGGCCACAAGAACGCCCAGUACCCGCUGGCCAGCUGUCUGGACGCGGCAGACGCGCACGUGCUCUCCGGCUCCGAGGACGGCCACGUGCACUGCUGGGAUCUCGUCUCUGGAAAGGUGAUAGCGAAGCUGGUCCACGCGGGCGCCGACGUUGUCCACUCGCUCGCGUUCCAUCCGAGCCGUGCGGUUCUGCUGACGGCUGCUGGUGGCGCCACCUUCCUCUGGGGCACUGGCAUCGAAGAGGAGCAGAUGGAGGCGUGAAGAAUGGACGCAGUGUGCGAGGCGGCGCCAUGGUCAGGUCUUUCAUUUGUUCAUCCUUUUGUGUAUCAGUACGACUGCCAGCUGGGUUCAACUAGUAAUGCUGAUAAGGCUAUUCGUCCCCUUUCACGUGUGUUUGUACGUGACGACAUGCAUGUGUCAACGUGCUUGCCAGCGUUUAGGUUUCCGAUAGAGUGAGCCAUGAUAAUGGCAUUGUUGCGCUGCGCGCUUUAAUCUCGGUGAAGGGCUUAGACCUGACAAAGCGUGUAAUUUUGUGUUCGAAAAACAUGGAGUCUGAAUGUUUUUCCCACUAGCAGGUGCGAUUUUUUGAACAUCAAGCCAUGUGAGUGGACAUUUUUCCAUGUCGUUGGUUUUGUGGCUCAAGUUGCGAUCGAAUGACACCGAAUUUCAUGAUCACAAUGUAUGAUGUACACACACGAUGAUCCGAAUUACAAUGCAUGUGAGCGUCAGCAUGA